AUGGAUGUAGGAAACCAAACAGGUGUCUUGGAAUUCCUCCUCUUGGGCCUCUCAGAGGAUUCAGAACUGCACCCUCUCCUCUUUUGGCUGUUCUUAUCCAUGUACCUGGUGUCUGUGCUGGGGAACCUACUCAUCAUCCUGGCCGUUACCUCAAAUUCCCACCUGCACACCCCCAUGUACUUCUUCCUCUCCCACCUGUCCUUUUCUGAUAUUUGUUUCAAUUCCAUCAUCGUUCCCAAAAUGCUGGUGAACAUCUGGACAGCGAGCAAAGCCAUUACCUAUGCCGGCUGCAUCACCCAGAUGUAUUUUUCUUUAGUUUUUUUGUGUUUAGACAAUCUCCUCCUGACCGUGAUGGCCUAUGACCGCUUUGUGGCCAUUUGUCACCCCCUGCGCUACAGGAUCAUGAUGGACCCUCAACUCUGUGACCUGCUGGUUCUAGUCUCUUGGUCUGUUGGUUUCCUAGUCCCCCUCCUCCACAGUCUGAUGGUGCUGCAUCUCUCAUUCUGCAGACACACGGAAAUUCCACACUUCUUCUGUGAAUUGACAGAGGUGCUCAAGUCUGCCUGUUCUGACGCUUUUAUCAAUUACCUUGCCCUGUAUUCUAUGACUGGCCUGCUGACUAUUAUUCCCUUGACUGGGAUCCUUUUCUCUUACUCUAAGAUUAUUUCCUCCAUAUUGAAAAUGUCCUCAGUGGAGGGGAAGUACAAAGCAUUUUCCACUUGUGGGUCUCACCUAAUGGUCAUUUCCUUAUACUACGGGACAGGGUUAGGUGUGUACCUCAGUUCUGCCUUCUUCUCCUCCUCCUCAAAGGGGGCAGUGGCCUCAGUGAUGUACACCGUGGUCACCCCCAUGCUGAACCCCUUCAUCUACAGCCUGAGGAACAGGGACAUGAAGGGGACCCUGAAGAAAUUUGUCAGCAGGUCUUUCUUCCUCCUAUGA